GACAGCGCGAGGUAAACAAAACAUGUCAGAUUCGCUUGCUCACAAAAAACGGUGUUUUGCUCCGCGAGCAGCAAUAAAACUUAUCCGGGAGGAAAAGGCUUAGCAAGUGGUAAAAUGUAUUCCCUUAGCUCACAGAAAAAGUAUUGGACGUUCAAAACGGAACAGGAGCUAGCCGAACUGCGUGUGAAACAAAAUGUUCGGUUUAUUACCAAGCAUGGUGCCGGCAUGACGGAGGAACAAAAACAGGCCCACUUUCUUUCGGCUGACGAGGAGCGAUUAUUGCUGAAGCAGUAUGAGCUACAGUUGAAGGAGUUCUGCAAACGAUUCGAGCCUCCGAUGCCGAAGUACGUCGUGGGGACGGCGUUUCACUACUUUAAGCGCUUUUACCUUAACAACUCGUCUAUGGACUACCAUCCGAAGGAAAUUUUGGCGACGUGCGUUUACUUGGCUUGUAAGGUGGAAGAGUUUAACGUGUCAAUUGCACAGUUUGUGGCCAACAUUAAGGGGGAUCGAGGCAAAGCAAUGGAUAUCAUUCUGUCGAACGAGCUGCUGCUAAUGCAGGAGCUAAACUACUACCUAACGAUACACAAUCCGAUGAGGCCAAUCGAAGGGUUUCUGAUUGACAUAAAGACACGAUGCAAUAUGAGCAAUCCGGAUCGGUUGCGACCGGGAAUUGAAGAUUUUAUCGACAAAACGUUCCUUACCGAUGCGCCACUGAUGUACGCACCGUCACAGAUUGCACUCGCCGCCGUCCUGCAUGCCGCUAGUAAAGAGCAGGAAAAUUUAGAUAGUUACGUUACGGAAUCGUUGUUCGGAUCGGCGAAAGAUAAGCUACCCGUGCUCAUCGAAGCCGUCCGAAGGGUUCGCUCGAUGGUGCGCACGAUCGAACUGCCGCCCAAGGAUCGUGUGCGGUUUCUGGAGAAAAAGCUGGAAAAGUGUCGCAAUCAGGAGAAUAAUCCCGACAGUCAGAUCUACAAACAGCGCAUGAAGAAAAUGUACGAAGACGAGGACGAUCUAGAUGUGAUGGGCUCUUCGUAUCAUAUGAACGUUUCGGAUGCCAGUCUGGAUGUGUCGCAGUUGAAUACCACCAACCCUGCCAACAUGACCAUUGAUUGAAGGGCAGCGAACACUUCCGGAGAAAAUCGUAAGCAGUUUUGUUGUGCUCAUCCCACAUUUCCUAAACCUAAAAUUGUGUAUGAAGCUUUCUGCUUGUUUUUGAGCUGUUGGAACUCUUUCCAUAUCCGUCGCCAUGAUUAUGAAUCCUUGGGCAAAUGGAUAGUUCAACCAAGUAAAUGCCUCUUAUCCUGAGAUUUAAUUUUUUUUUUCGGAUUGUUUUUGUACAAAAAGAGAAAGCACAAGCUUGGAUCCAUUUUAAUUAACAAUCUUUAUUACAAUCAUUCGUAUCACGAUGCCUUCGGUGUGGUGAACGCUGUGUCCGUUCCGCAUAUUCAUCUCACGGUCCAGGGUCGGGUCAGGACGUCAGAAAGCUUCUGCUAGAAGUAGAAUUAGAAUGCCGUUUUCGAAAUAAAAAAGGAAGAAAAGAACACAAACAAAACCUCCACCACGCUAAUGGCUUUCACGUUCAGCUUGGCGAAUAUUGCACGCCAACCGUACCGCAUCGUCAGUAUCAGAGGGCAGAAGGAAUGUUCCUGUAUUUGAAAGCUUAUCCAGCUGAAGUAAUUGCAGCGCGUAAUGCAACAUGGAAAAAAGGAGGAGAGAAUUGCUCUCUAGCGCAAAGAUGAUGGCGUACUUGGUGGUGAUAGUAGAAGAAAGAAACGUUUAAGCGUAUAAGUGGAAUUGGGAAAAAGGUGGAAAAAUCGCGGCGCACUUGAGCUUAGUUAAAGAAAGUAAAGUCGAAGUAAAGUUGGUGCAAAGCAAUUUUCAGGUUUUUGUUGGCUUUGCUGCUUUUAAUUAGAUGAGCAUAAGCCAACGUACACCUUUGCACUUACGCUCAUAGUUUUCGCUGUUCCCCUGUAUUUACGGUGACUCAUUUUUUGUUUUAAAAAUUGCUGAAAUAUUGAUGCUUUCGGGCAUUGGAAAUUGUAGUUGUUUCCGCGAGUCAUUAAAAAAAACAUACACACACACAAAGACGGGAAUAGAUAAGUGUUGUGGCGUAGAGUAUUUGGUUCGGUUCGGUCUAUUGCCGGUGUGUUGGUGAUGUGUGAGGAUUCUUCCGGCUUGUAAAAGUGAUACCGUGUUGCUGAUAUAAGAGGCAAAAUAAAUUAGACAUUUCAUAAGUAUUCCUUUAAGUCGUUUCGUUCAAACUAAAGAUGACAAUUGUUUUUUGUUAUUUAUCAAUUUGUUAAUUUCACUUUGAGUAUCUCUAAAUAUUGGUUGAUUUUUUCCAGUUUCCUACAGUUAAAGUAAGGACAUUACAGUUGACAUUACAGUUGAAAGUCCUGUAUUUUAACUAGCGCCGCUAGCGGCUUAUAAUGUGUGUUUGUCACAUAGACGGAUUUGUCAUGAAUGAGGAAAUUUGUAUAAAAAAGUACUGCCAUGUUAAGGAUUUUUUCACCAUUCAAAUCCACUUCUUUGGACCCCUUCCAGUCCGUUGAGGUGAAAUUUUCGAAUUGAAUCAGAUUGUACAGAAACUUGGUCUUACUUCAAAAAAGGAUGACAUAUUUAGAAUAAACGAAGAAAAAAAUAUUUUCCUAUGGAGAUUCUAACUUCUCCUUCAUAAACUUAUAAAAAAAUCUUUAUGGUAUUACUUUACAGCUUCUUUAUCCAUGUCCAUUCAAUCAGCAGUAGAAUGUACCGAAUAUGUUGUUUUCGUGUAUAUGUGGGUGUAGGUGUGUGUGUGUGGUUGCUAAUUUGAUCCCAUUUUUUUAAUUAUCAAACGACAACAAAACAGACAUCGAAAUAGACGCACAAAGAGGGAGAGUUCACAUACUGGGUGGGAAGGAUAGGGACUGGAUUUGAUAGUUGUUGUUUUUUGUUUGCCAUAGAAAGGUUAAAAGUGGUUCUAUUCCAGACGACAUCGACACGUUCAAUUACUUCUAGAACUGUUUCGUUACACAAAGUAAAAAUGAAAUGAAACAGAAAACGACAGUAGAUAACAACACAUUCAAGCACACAAUGUGAUGGGGGAACACUUUCAUUUCGUCGCUGUUUGAAAGGAUAUAGCAGAGAUUGUAAAAUCUGAUUUUGUACUUGUGUUUACGAUGUGUUUGUGUGUAUUUUAGCUUUGAUUUUUUUUGAGCGCCACAAACAUAUAGUUUCAGUUAGAAAAAGGUGAGGCAUUUGUGGACAGAGGAGAAAAUAUAAGAAUAACAUGGCGGAGCAAGAGUCAGCAGGAAGGCUAGACGUUGCACGAGAGCAAAGCCCCCGAAACAGGAAGACAGGAAGUUAGGAAGAAAUAGUAGAGGAAUGUUAUAAUAAACAAUUGUGUAAUAAAAAAACCCAAAAUAAAAUUAUCUUUUUCCAUCACCAUCACGUCAACGGGUUUUUUUUGAAAAACAAUUUCCUCUGUUGCACCACGUUCGGUUGCCAUCGCAACGCGGCGACACUGUUUAUUAUGUUCCCGCUGCGCACAAUAGCUUGUGACGGCGCACACACAUUGUUUGCGUUUAGAGAGGAGCUUUUUUGUUUGUUCGUUUGUUGGAAGGUGCAGUGGUGGUAGUUAAUCCUCCGCGGUCACCUUCUUGGAUGCGUUUAGUAAAGGGGGCUUAAACAGGGUAAGAAACAUUAAUUUAUUUAUCAGCUUUGCAAUCACUAUCGCUUCCUCGACCCGUGCAAUGUUGCCACAUCCUACUGACUUGACAUGACAAAUUGUCGUUUUGUGUUUAGCUUCUGUUUUUUUUUUUUCAAAUUUUAUUUUCCCUAGCUUCUUCCUGCUAUGCUGCUGCUACGCUUGCAGCUGUGUAACCUGUUCGUGUUUACUUCUGCUAUCGUUUUCUAUGGAUUUACCUCUGCCCUUUUCCCUAUCGCAGGUGUAGUUCAACGUUAAAGCUCCGACAGCGUGAUCAAAAAGUCAAAGAAGAAACACGUGUCUUCAAAAAAGAGAGAGAGUGAGAGAAAAUGGUUGAUAGAGACGGAGAGAGUGAGUGACGAUCGCGCACGCGCGCGCGCUCCAUACAAGCGGUUUAGCAUGGCGGCCUCAGCUUAAUUGAAUUGGCGUGUAGAAAUAUUACUUUGUAACUUUAUGGCUUUUAUUUAUUGGUUUAUCGAAAUUAUGUAUGUGUUUUGCUGCUUUUUUUUAAAUUUAUUUUCGCUUCGUUUUUCUCUUUUCAUUUUCUGAUCACGCGCUCAACCUUUCCUCGGGAUAAUGCAAGGAAAGCAUGUGUCAUUGUGAUGAUGUACAGUUGGUUUCUUUUUAUUUUAAUUCUAAUACUAUCAGAGCUUUGCUUCCCAUCCGCGUCUCAUCCGCGUAUCAUCUCUAUCCUUGUGAGACUUCUUUUUUUAAAAUCCGCUACUACUAGCGUGUAUUUCUCUCUCUAUCUCUCUCUCUGUCUAUCCCGUCACUUUUAUCAAAUAUUUAACAGAAUUGAACUAUAGUCUAUAAGCAACGAUAGUUGUUUAGCUGCGGGGUUUUCUUUUUAAAACAAUAAAUGAUAUAGUUUUCACUGCACACAAUUUUUAUAUUCUCUAACCACGCUACAAUCGUUACCGUAAAAUGAGCAAUGCAAAUAAAAGUAGUACCUGCCGUGUGUGUAGUCCCGGAUUGCCGGUUACCUUAAUGGGUUGUGAAAAUUAUUUACAAAACAAUCUCAACUCUCUUCCCUAGACUCUUUUGUGUAGAAAGUGCGGGAAAAUCGAGUAUGUAACACACUAAGCACUUUCCUGUCGCCCUUAUCAGCUGUCACCUAGUUGCCUGCCAUUCUUUUUCACCCUCUGGAAGCCUAAACAUGAAGUGGGAGAAGAAAACGGGGCUCGUAGAGUACCUUUGGUUUUCUUUGAUUCUAUCUCCUAAUUUUUUACGCAACGCAAUAAUUUGAAAAUCGGUUUAGUAUUAGGUUUCGUGUCGUUUUGUUUUUAAGUUUAUAAAAAUUAAAAUUGACCCCAUUUAGCAUUGACCUUCUCGAAAUGAAAAUUGACCAGGUAGAUCGCUCGAUGUGUGCAUCACGCGACACAACGCCUGCAUAUUGCUAUAUGUAUUGGAGUGUUUGUAUGAGUGUGAGAGAGUAUUAGUAGCUACGCUUAGAAAUGUUUUUUUGUGUUUGUGUUUUUGUUUCCUGUAGUUUUAGAUACAUUUUUUUACCAACACUUUCGCCUCCAAAAUUCAAACUUUAAAUUUGCCAUUACUUAUUUUAUCGAAAUGUUUUGCUUUGUUUUUUUUUUUACUUCAAAUUUACGGACGCUUGUCCUAGAAAGAUGCUGUAUAGUACUGUAUUUACUGCACUUACUCCUCCCUACUAACAAUAACAGUUUCGUUUCGGCUUAGCUCGGUCGAGGGGUUGUGUGAUGAUGGAUUCGCUUGAUGAACAUCAUAUCGAAACGUGUUUUUUUUGGUUUUAUUCGGUUCGGUAAAUUAUUAUUGGCUAGUUUUUUUGUUAUUCUUAUUCACGGUAGAUCAUUCCGGUGUGUCUAUGAGAAAAAAUAUCAUGGCAUUGGCUUUCAUAUGUGUUUGAUUUGCUGGGAACAGAGGAAAGCACCACCAUUCGCUGCGACGCUGUGCGUUGUGCUGCUCUCGGCAAGCAUAAUUUACUCGAUUUCAUGCUUAAAAUACGGUUCGGUGAUUUAUUAAAAAAAGUUCUUUGGAUCAUUAUUAAAGCCGUAUUUUUUUCUUCUUUUGUUCGAUUAACCAUAGAAGCGAGCGAGUAGAUUCUUGCCAAGCGGGCUCAUUAAAACUCAACGCGCUAGCGAACGGAGAAUGUUUGGCUGUGAUGAUUGCUUUCCCUCCGUUGCGUUCGACGGGCCAAAACGGCUAGCAUUUUGGCAUCAUUUGUGAGGCAAAUAUGUGUUUAAUGAAUAUUGCACCGUGUACCGUAAAUUUGCUAAAAGGCCCAUGCAAGGCUGAUCGGCUGUUGCACGGUGAUCGAGUUCGAGUUCGACACCGGUUCGAAUUAGUCAAGUAAUGUCUUGCAAUGUUUUGGCUCACCACGCACCAUGGCUGUACCUCUCACGCGGACCAACUAGCACGGAAGCUGGCUCACUCCCCAAAUGUCAACAACCACCACCACCACCAUCAAUAGUUUAAUGCGAUUAGUGCGCUGCAUGCCUUGAAUGGUUUUUCUUCCGUCUUGUUUUUUUUUGCAGCACUUUUACUCGCACUUCAUAUGUUGUUUUUCUUUAAAUUCACGUACUAGCCUACAAUCACAGUCGUUAUGCGGUUAUACGGUGUGUCUUUCGCUUGCCAAUGGAAGAAAAACCAUUCCCGGAGACACGCAUGGUCGCAAACAAAACAGAAAAGAGACUCUUUCGCUUCUUCUUCUCGCGGAAAAUUGACUUAAGUGAACGCAACGAAACGAAACUGUUAUGUGGAAAAUUACAUUUCGUACGGCGUGUAGUGGAUAAAACAAGUCAACAAGGAAAACAUCACGCGUACGGGAACGAGCAGAUAAUGAAAGCAGGAAAUGGAAAGCUUCCUCGAAUAGGAAAUUGGUUUCUAUUUGCCUUUUCCGUUUUUGGUGACCUUUUUGUAUGGUGCUGUUGGGUUUUUGUUUUCGUUUGAAAAAGAAAGAAACUUUGUACGGUUUCUUUAACUACAUUUGCUCGUUGUCGUGGAAAGAAUUGUGUGCUUUGCCGUGAGCUCAAAGAGAAAAUCACAAUCCAUAAUAUUAACAAAGUGUUCCUAACGUUACGGAGCACAGUAAAAAAAAAGCCACAAGAGUCGACUCACGUAAAUCUUGCUUACGCGGCAUCUGCGCUGUCACAGUCACAGCCAUCACCAUCCGUACCCACUCGGACGAAGCACUCUUCACAUGGCGCGGUAUCUGCUUCCUCGGAUGGUGCUUAUCGCGUGAAAUGCUUUCCAAAACCCGAGCGCAUAAAACGCUUCCCGUGUGCUUUUGCACCAAAGUUGUCAGAAGCAUAAGGUAAGCAGCAUAUUACAACGGGCCACCGUAAGAACGUGUACGGGGUUGCUUUCUUUUGCACAACGGCACUGCAGGUUAUAAUUCUUUCAUCGUGCGCUUUUCUGCGCUUAAUGAGCGGCGGAAUAAAGGCCUGAAUACAAUGUAGCGUGAGCGGUGAAGAGCCCGAGUGCAAUUAACCGUAAGGCUGAGUCAGUUACAUAUCGUUUCCAAUUGACCCAGUUUACGGAUGAUUCGAACCGGAAGUGUGCUGGUUCUUAGUGUUCGCAGCUCAAUAUUGGUAGCUUGAGGCGUGCGGCUUUGCGCUGAGAAAACGGUUCUCAUGCAUGAAUAAUUUCUGAUGGAGACGCCUGGUAUUUGAUAACUUUCAAUGGAGACGCCUGGUACUUCAUGGGUAUUCCAUGGAGACGCCUGGUUCUUCACGGAUACCCAAUGGAGACGCCUGGUGGUGCAAGAGAAGGCAAUUACUUCUAUUUUGAAUCUUUUCUGUUGGGGACUUUCCAAAUAAUUGUAUUUACAAUCUAUUAAAACGAAAAAUAGAAAAAGAGUAGCGAAUGAAUCUUUGCCUAAAAAAGGGUUACAACAGAAUGAUUUAGAAUUGUGGUGGUUGUGCACAUGGUCGGGUUGUACCAUUUGGUCGGUGUCAGCCUCCGGCAUCUGACAUUUCUUGCCCGAAACAUCUGGAGCAGUGUUUUCUUUGUAAACAUUAAGAAAACAAAAACAUGUACCAACUGAAAAGGUAACAAAUGUAACCUUUCGAUGGUUGGUCGAGUUUGAGCUUCAUUGUGGGUGAAAGGUCAUUUUCGAAAGAAAAAAAACAACGUUCCUCGGUGUACCAUCCAUGGUACAGGAUGGUUCAUUUGUCUGUCUUUGAGCAGCCAAGCGGCAGAAAUAUCGAAUCAAUUGCCAUCAAUUGAAUUAUACGGGACGGGGCGCUUUUGUUCGCCAAAGGCUGCCAUUAUUCCGCACAGAUAUGGGGCAAAAAGGCACGUUUGGAUUGUUUUUUUUCUGCAAGAAGGAGAAAACUCAGCCCCGCCAGCCAUUGUGCCCGGUAAUAUUUUAGACAGGGUUUGUUUAGCUCCUUUUCUUCAUCUCGUUGCUUUUGGAGCUGGAAAAGGGGGAGUAAUGUAAAAAAGGUUUGUAUGUGUGGUGUGUGUGUGUAUAAAUGUGCGUUAAGUUUUUUUUUUGUAGAAUGGCGAAGAAAACCAAAAAUUGCUAUGUAGUCGUAUGAGAGUUCGCUACAAAAUCGGUAAAUGACACAGCUUGGGAAGAAUAGAAAAGAAAAGAUACUGAAGGGAAUAAUUGGCCCUUUUGUACCCUUUUUUUCGGGGGAAAGGUACCCAUCGGACACUAAAUAAAUCAUAAGCCAAAACAUGUAACAAAAGAGGAGGGGAGAGAAAUGAGAGAGACAAAAAAGAGAAGAGUUUAAAAUGUACACCACAAGCCAACAUCGAAGUACACUCCAGAGAGGGGGGGGGGGGGGGGGGGAAAGACA